AUGACAUUCAAGCAAAGGCAUCUGCAUCCGCUGAGCCUGCUCACCCUGUGCCUGUGCCUCGCCAGCAGAUGCGAGGCGGGCACCGAGCAGAUCAGCAAUUUGUCAGCCGCUGGCGGCAGUGGCACCACUCAGAGUGCCGGCGCACGCACCUUGCUGCGCGUUUACGAUGAGUGCACCCGUGCCGAGGCCGGAUUCGUGCCAUGCCUGAAGAAGAAGGCCAUCUCCUUCAUAGAUCGUCUUGCCCCCAUCGAUGCCAUAAACGUGGCCGACGGCAUCAAGCUGGUGCGCCUGGAGUCGGCCCCACGUCCCGCCGUCGCCACCAGUGAGAACGAGCUGGAAUCCUCGCUGCCUCGCUCCGGCAGUGACCGCGACGCCAAGCUGACGAACAUGCUCACCGAGCGCCUCAGUUACUUCUUUAAUGGCCAUUCGCUGCAGGUCAGCUUCCCCAAGCUGACAUCCGAUGAGAUUGGACGCGGGCUCGAGGAAGGUCGCGGCAAAAUGAAGAAGAUGAUGGGCAUGAUGAUGAUGGGCAUGGCCAUGAAAAUGAUGGGCAUGAUCCCCAUUGCCAUGGGCGCCCUAUACAUACUGGCUGGCAAGGCUCUGAUCAUCUCGAAGAUUGCCCUGCUGCUGGCUGGUAUCAUUGGCCUGAAGAAGCUCAUGUCGGGCAAAUCGUCGGGCGGUGGCAGCUCUGGAUGGUCGUCGGGUGGCGGCGGCGGCGGUGGGGGCGGUGGCUGGUCAUCGGGUGGCGGUGGAGGCGGCGGCGGUGGUUGGGACAGGCGCUCCCUCAACGAGGCCCAAGAAAUGGCGUACCGCGCCCACAAAGAGCAAUUGGCGCAUCCACAGUUAUACCAUCAGCAACAGCAGCAGCAGCAGCUGCAGCCGCUGCAUCCGAAGUCGGCGGCGCCACAGGUGACCAAGUCAUAG